CCUGACAGAGGAGAGAUCCUGUGACUGUUAGAGUGAAGCAGUUUUAAUUUGCUUCAUGCAGCAGCUGAAGACAUUCUGCAGCACUCCACCAGAGUUCUCCAAACUACUCUGAAAGAGGAUUUAUUUAUUUUUCCCCUUACUUUGCUUUUGUUGCUUGUGAAGUUUGCACAGAUCUGUCAGGAUCUCAGCACGUUUGUGGGCUCCUUCCCAAUUCAUUAAAGCCCAGGUUGGACACAGAGGAGUGCGUUUCUGCGCUGACACCACCUGACAGCCUCUAAAUCACUGGCACCAUCAGGAUGAGCCAUUGGCUGAGAAGCGCAGUGAUACUCAUGCUGCUUCACACAGCCAUCUCGAUAGCGAUGCUUCCAAACUCCACAGACUGGGAGCAGAUUUUGAACAAGUAUCUGGAUGAGGAGGGCGACUGGUGGCAAGCCAAGCAGAGAGGAAAGAGGGCCAUCACCGAUAGUGACGCACAGCACAUCCUAGACCUCCACAACAAGCUCAGAGGCCAAGUGUACCCUCCCGCAUCCAACAUGGAGUACAUGGUGUGGGACACAGAACUGGAGCACACGGCCGAAGAGUGGGCAGAGAUGUGUCUGUGGGAGCACGGUCCUGCCGGUUUAUUACCUCAAAUUGGACAAAAUUUGGGAGCCCACUGGGGAAGGUAUCGUCCACCUACAGCCCAUGUGCAGGCCUGGUACGAUGAAGUGAAAGAUUACUCCUUCCCUUACCCUCAGGAGUGUAACCCGUACUGCCCCUUCAGAUGCUCCGGCCCAGUCUGCACUCAUUACACACAGCUGGUGUGGGCCACCAGCAGUCGUAUUGGCUGCGCCGUCAACGUGUGCUACAACAUGAACGUGUGGGGACAGAUUUGGGCUAAAGCUGUCUAUCUUGUGUGCAACUAUUCUCCAAAGGGGAACUGGUGGGGUUAUGCCCCUUACAAACAUGGAACGCCAUGCUCUGCAUGUCCUCCUAGCUAUGGAGGAGGCUGCAAAGACAACCUCUGCUUCAAAGAUGAUAAUUCCAACUCUCCCCAAGAGGAAAGGGAAGAAAACAACUUCAUUGAGCCAGAGGCCCCUCGCACCCCACAGAAUCCCUGGUCCCGGGUCUCCAAACCUGAGACUGCCGGUAUCCCUGCCGGAACCCCCACCAAGCCCCCUAUGGAGGACCUGCACAGGAAUGAAGUGGUCAACACACAGCAGAUGUCUCAGCUUGUGGCCUGUGACACGAAACUGCGAGAUCAGUGUAAAGGAACACCCUGUAAUAGAUACGAGUGUCCAGCCGGAUGUCUCGAUGGUGUGGGGAAAGUAGUUGGGACAGUUUAUUAUGAAAUGCAUUCCAGUGUGUGUGGUGCAGGACUCCAUGCUGGUGUCAUUGAUAAUGAUGGAGGGUGGUUGGAUGUAACCAGAGAAGGACGAAAAAACUUCUUUAUCAAAUCUACUAAGAAUGGAGUCCGGUCUCUAGGAAAAUAUCAGAGUGGUAAUUCUUUUACAGUUUCCAGAGUAUCAGUCCAAGCGAUCACAUGUGAGACCACAGUUGCACAGCUGUGUCCACACCAAAAGCCUGUGAAACACUGUCCGAGGUUAUACUGCCCGAGGAAUUGUCUGGAACAGAAUCCUCAAAUAUCGCGAGUGAUUGGCACGGGGAUAUACUCUGAUACAUCUAGUAUAUGCCUAGCAGCAGUCCAUGCGGGAGUCAUCAGAAACAGUGUGGGUGGCUACAUUGACGUGAUGUCAGUGGACAAGCGGAAACAAUAUGUUGCCUCGUACCAAAAUGCCAUUUUCUCAGAGAGUCUCCAAAACCCUCCUGGGGGGAAGGCGUUCCGGGUGUUCGCUGUGAUCUGAGUGCUGCACACACACAAAGCCCUCUUGGAUGUAUUGGGAAUCAAGUCCUGUCAUCAUACUCCAUGGCUGAAAUGUUUCUGGUUUUGCUGCACUACAGGGGUUCGGGGUUGGUUUUAUAACAGCAUAAAACUGAGCAGCAAAAACUAGAAAUGUCAGCACAUGCUGUCAUGGAGUUUCAAUUUAUUUUUUUAAUAUUGUAAAUAUCUCUGAAUGGUUUGCUAUAAUUGUGUUGUACAUAUUUUUUAUAGUAUCACACUUGUUUUGUCUUUGUUUUGUCUUUCAAAUAAAUGUUUAUAAGUGCUAAUUAUAGAAAAUAUCAGUAAUUGUAAUGGUACUUCAGGAUCAUUUUUGUAUGUUUUACAUUUGGCACAUUUUUGCUGGUUCUCUGGAAAUAUGUCAUAUUUUGUACUUUUUAAAGAUAUGCAAACAAAUUAUGCAUAUCCGUAUGGUUUAUAAAGGAUGCUGCUAUGUGUUUUAAGGUUUCCAUUGUUAAUGGUACUGCUUAUUGUUUCACUUUUUUGUUGGUUGUUUAAUUUUCCUCAAAAUAAUGCAUUUCGGUUCAAACUCCCUGCAGGUCAGGAAGUACACUCAUCUUUUGGUGCUUUUCUUUUUCGUUCAUUUCAUUGGAAAGCUGUUUUAAUCUCCCUGACAGAAACACAAGCAGAACUAUUUAACAGUUUCAUAUUUUGUGAUGUAAUGAAAUGGUAAUAGUACAGCAAUAAAUGUACCCAUUAAUACUUUAUCACCUCUCUGUUUUCUUUCAAGCUGCAAUAAUAUCAUGGGCAGUUAAAUAUAUUGUUGGCUCAUAAUAUAAUUUGACCAGAUAAUUAUAUUACAUAUACAUUUUCCUAUCCCAGGUUUUUAGAAAAAGUUAAUUUUUCAAUAAAAUAUUUAAAGCACA